AUGGAUUCUUCAAGAAGAAAUGCCCCUGAUGAACAACGGUGUAUACUGGGCUUGCAAGAUUUGAAAAUAUCCAACAAAGACGAAAAUGAUACUGAGCAAGCGCACAAUGCUUCAACAUCAAACAAUAGUGUUCAGGCAAAGACUAGACCUAUUGGUGCAAUUGAGAGUUUUACCUUAGAUAAUGCUCCUGUUAAUCGACAGGAUUACAGUUUCUAUGAACGUUCAAAUGUGAUAGCAGCUUCCAAGUUUGCUACUCCUAAGCGAGUAGAGACGAUCGCGUCAAUCAAUAAACGUGAUAUAAACACUACAGCGCUACCAGCCAGUCCAACACGAUCUUUAGACUCAAUUUCGCAGAGGUCACUAAGUUACCAAACUGAAGAUUUAUACGAAAUACCUGGAAAUACAAACUCUCAAUAUCCACCGCCAGUGUAUGAAAACAUAGACUACUACGGGGAACAACAGCUGUCACAACCACCUUACUAUCAUCAGCUGUACCAAAGCCAACCAUUAGCAGCAGAUGGUUAUUAUAACACUCGAUAUAGUAAAGCACAACCUCAAGUGCCAGUAAACAACAAAUCUAAAAUAAAUCCUUUAGUAUACGAAAAUAUGCUUUGUCCUGACAAUGAAAAGAAGAAUGAUUACAAGGUACAACCUAAAUCGGAUCAGCAAUAUCUCCAACAAAGCUCUGCUCCAGGUCCACAAGUGGCUAAUACUAUUAAUCGAAAUAAUUCACAAAAGUUAUUAGAGAAAAAUAAAGUGGAAAAAGUUCCACCACCACCACCAUACCAUUCUUCAUCAGAUAAUUCUAGUAGUGACUAUACUGUGAUGAAAUCUGCUCCUCCUAAAUAUACUGAUGUUAGUGCACUUUUGAAAAAUAAUAAUUCUGUUAGUUUUGAUGAUAAAGUUGUGACCAUUCCUUCAACAGCCAUUUAUGCCUCAAUUGCACCUAGUGCCCAAAGGCCAAAGGCAAAUAUAGCUACAGAAGUUCAAGGUCCUAUACCUGUUCCAAAAUAUUUUCAUCCCAAGCCACCCAUUGGAAAUGGUCUAGGUAAAUUGAAAGCCUCACCAGUAAAUGGAAAUUAUACUAUGCCUCCAAAACCUCUUCCUAAUAGAAUGCAAAUAAUUGAGGAUACAAAUGGCUCUGACUAUGUGUGUAUGACAGGUGGUUCACCGGCUGCUGCAGUAGCAGUUGCAAGUAAAGAUAAUGUGUCGUUGGCCUCAGAAUCUAUUAGUUCUCGUAACAUGGUUUCUGGACUAACUUCAUUAUGUUCACCAGCUCAAUCUCCAGCACCUAGUCCUACUCCGAGUUCUGUAUCUCAAGUAUCGGGUGGUUCUCGAGGAUCUGGUGGGCGUGGUAAAAGUCUCCUUCCAUAUAGUAUAACACCUCCCCGUCCACCUGGACCAAGUGAAGCUCAACGUAAAAUUGAAGAACUUACCCGCCAACUUGAAGAAGAAAUGGAAAGACAAGAUGAAGAAGGAGAAUACUUUGGUAUAUGCCAUACAUGCGGUGCAGGAGUGACAGGGGCAGGUCAAGCAUGCCAAGCUAUGGGGAACCUAUACCAUACCAACUGUUUCAUUUGCUGUUCUUGUGGGCGAGCACUAAGAGGCAAAGCCUUUUACAAUGUCCAUGGCAAAGUGUACUGUGAAGAGGAUUAUCUGUACUCUGGAUUUCAACAGACAGCAGAAAAGUGUGCAAUAUGUGGUCAUCUGAUAAUGGAAAUGAUAUUGCAAGCUAUGGGCAAAUCAUACCAUCCGGGCUGUUUCCGCUGUUGCAUUUGCAAUGAAUGUCUUGAUGGAGUUCCCUUUACAGUUGACGUUGAUAACAAGAUUUAUUGCGUAAAUGACUAUCAUCGCAUGUUUGCACCUAAAUGUGCUAGUUGUGGCAAAGGUAUAACUCCAGUUGAGGGCACAGAUGAAACAGUGCGGGUAGUAUCAAUGGACCGUGACUUCCAUGUUGACUGCUACAUGUGCUGUAUGUGCGGGAUGCAAUUGACCGAUGAGCCUGACAAACGCUGCUAUCCUUUAGCAGGUAAGCUAAUGUGCCGCGCGUGCCACCUGACGGCCAUAGGCGCGCCCACCGGCCCCGGCAUGCCCCCCGCGCCUCACCUCUCACCCGCUUCCUACCAGUACAUGGGA